AUGACUAAGCAAUUUUUGUUACUAUCUCUCAUUCUUCACCUUCUCUCAGUCUCAGCUGCACCAUCUACAUCUUCACCUGCAAAACUCCUUUCUGGGUUUCUCUCCAAUGCUGUCCCUGCUUUCACCAAAUGGGUUUGGUCUCUUAAAUCCACAACUAAAGCUGGGGUUUUGAGCAAGUCAAUGAUGAAAUUUGAGAGUGGUUACAAUGUGGAGACUGUGUUUGAUGGAAGUAAACUUGGAAUUGAGCCUUAUGCUGUUGAGGUUUUGCAUAAUGGGGAGCUUCUCAUUCUUGAUUCUGCUAAUAGUAACCUUUAUAGAAUCUCCUCAUCACUGUCCUUGUAUAGCAGACCAAAGCUGGUGGCUGGAUCAGCUGAAGGAUACUCUGGGCAUGUUGAUGGGAAGCUCAGGGAGGCUCGGAUGAACCACCCGAAAGGGAUAACUAUUGAUGACCGAGGAAAUAUUUAUGUUGCAGAUACUACAAAUAUGGCAAUUAGGAAAAUUAGCGAUUCAGGGGUCACAACAAUUGCUGGAGGAAAAUGGAGCCGUGGAGGGGGACAUGUUGAUGGACCAAGUGAAGAAGCUAAAUUUUCUGACGACUUCGAUGUGGUUUAUGUUGGAAGUAGUUGUUCCCUACUAGUUGUAGACAGAGGAAACCAAGCCAUCAGGGAGAUCCAACUCCACUUUGAUGAUUGUGCCUAUAGAUAUGGAAGUGAUUUCCCUCUUGGAAUUGCAAUGCUUGUUGGGGCUGGCUUCUUUGGCUAUAUGCUGGCGCUGCUGCAGCGUAGGCUCGGUACAAUUGUAGAAUCUCAGGAUGCUCAGGUUCCGGUAACAGUAUUGUCUUAUGUUUCUCCAAGUACGUAUCAAAAGCCCUUGAAAUCCGUCCGGCCUCCUUUAAUUCCGUCCGAAUAUGAACCCGAAAAGCAGGAAGAAGGUUUCUUUGGAUCUCUUGGGAAGCUUCUUUCAAAUGCCGGUGUGUCAAUGGUGGAGAUAAUGGGAGGAUUAUUUCCUGUUUUCAGAAGAAGACCACAAAGCUCCCAAUACCAUAGGGAAACACUGAUCCAACAACCUCAGAAGCUAGUGAAUGAUUGGCCACCACAGGAAAGUUUCGUGAUUCCUCGCGAAGAUGAACCACCGUCUAUUGACACCAGGGCCGCAACGCCUCAAAAAACCUAUCCUUUCAUGUUGAAAGACGCAGAAAAAAUUCAACAAUUGCGGCAAAGUAAAGCAUUCUAUAGCGGCGGGUGGGAUGGAGAUCAACAUCAGCCUCAACAACAACAACAGCAACAACAAAAACAUCAUCACCGCCAUCAGUACCAAUCAUCGGCCCCUCACACUUUCUACGAGCAGACCAACGAGACAACAAACGAGGUAGUUUUUGGAGCAGUGCAGGAACAAGAGGGGAAGAAGGAAUCCGUGGUCAUCACGCCUGUCGAAUACGGAGGCUCAUUGUACGAACACCGCAGUAUUCGGCCUCGAAUGAGUUCCAUGGGUUAUAAUACUUACACUCAUAAGUAUUGA